ACGCACACAAACUCACUCACAAAAACCGAACUGUCAGUGGUUCAUUCAACAGAAAAGUGUAAACUCACCAUCGACACAGCAGCUUCCUCAAACUUUUCCAAUUUUUGCUGAUUUUUCGACUUUGAAAUGGGUCAAAAUCAGUCCGCCGGCGGGGGUGGCGACAAGAAGGAUGACAAGGACAAGAAGAAAAAGUACGAGCCCCCGAUUCCGACCCGAGUCGGCAAGAAGAAGCGCAAGGCCAAGGGACCGGACGCGGCCAUGAAGCUGCCGCAGGUCACUCCGCACACCCGGUGCCGGCUGAAGCUGCUGAAGCUGGAGCGGAUUAAGGACUAUCUGCUGAUGGAGGAGGAGUUCAUCCGGAACCAGGAGCGGCUGAAGCCCCAGGACGAGAAGAACGAGGAGGAACGGUCCAAGGUCGAUGACCUGCGGGGAACUCCGAUGUCGGUGGGGAACUUGGAGGAGAUUAUCGACGAUAAUCACGCGAUCGUGUCGACUUCGGUGGGCAGCGAGCAUUACGUGAGUAUUUUGUCGUUUGUGGACAAGGACCAGCUCGAGCCGGGUUGUUCCGUGCUGCUGAACCACAAAGUUCACGCCGUGGUGGGUGUUUUGGGGGAUGACACCGAUCCGAUGGUGACGGUGAUGAAGCUGGAGAAGGCACCGCAGGAGACGUACGCGGACAUUGGUGGGUUGGACACGCAAAUCCAGGAAAUUAAGGAAUCUGUGGAGCUUCCGUUGACCCAUCCGGAGUACUACGAGGAGAUGGGAAUUAAGCCCCCGAAGGGAGUCAUUCUGUACGGACCGCCGGGAACUGGGAAGACCCUGCUGGCGAAGGCCGUGGCCAAUCAAACGUCGGCAACGUUCCUGCGAGUGGUCGGGUCGGAACUGAUUCAGAAAUAUCUGGGCGAUGGCCCGAAGCUGGUUCGCGAGUUGUUCCGUGUGGCCGAGGAGCACGCGCCGUCGAUUGUGUUUAUCGACGAAAUUGACGCCGUCGGAACCAAGCGGUACGAUUCGAACUCGGGUGGCGAGCGUGAAAUCCAGCGAACCAUGUUGGAACUGCUGAACCAGCUGGACGGGUUCGAUUCGCGUGGUGACGUCAAAGUCAUCAUGGCCACCAACCGUAUCGAGACGCUCGAUCCGGCCCUGAUCCGUCCGGGACGAAUUGACCGGAAGAUUGAGUUUCCCCUGCCCGACGAAAAGACCAAGCGACGCAUCUUCAACAUCCACACGGCGCGAAUGACGCUGGCCGAGGACGUGAACCUGUCGGAGCUGAUUAUGGCCAAGGACGAUCUGUCCGGGGCGGACAUCAAGGCGAUCUGUACCGAGGCGGGGCUGAUGGCACUGCGCGAGCGCCGCAUGAAGGUCACCAACGAAGACUUUAAGAAAUCCAAGGAGAGUGUUCUGUACCGCAAGAAGGAGGGCACCCCCGAGGGACUAUAUCUGUAGGCGCGUGUUUCACUAAUUAUAAACUAUUCAUUUUGCAUUAGCCCAACACCUUUUUCCUGUCCGUAUUAAAAGUAAGCAGGGUUGCUUUUGUGUAAUCGGCAAAGAAAAAAAAAAACCUCAAUAAAAACCAUUCUGGCGAGAGUGAAUCAAA